AUGGCAUAUUCAUCGUCGCGUUCCACCUUUGCGGCGGGAAGCUCAUCCACCUCAUCGACCAUCCGCCAACAGAGUGGCCAUAAUGCUGCAACUCACCAGCAAUCUACAGUACUGGCGUUACGCAUUGAAUCAAAAAAAGCCGAGCUUGCGAAUUUGAAACAGCUUCGCGAGAUGAGCGAUGUUCUGUCGAAGCAAAUGCAGGCUCUAGAGACUAAGAUAGGGACUCUCAAAGAUGGGACAGAAGCUGUGGCUUGCGUUCUGGCAAAUUGGGAUAAUGUCUUACGAGCUAUUAAUAUGGCUUCAAGUAAAACUGCAGACCUCAAAAGCUCAACGGAGCAUUCGUUGUCCCAGACAGAUAGCGACAAGGCCAUUGACCGCAACCUCCCCGCCACUCUAGUUCGAAUCCCUGCGAAACAACCAGGAAGUUCUCGAAGUUGA